UCUCUCUCUCUCUCUGACUCUUUCAAUCUCUCUUAUUUAUGGACCAAAAUCGUUGGUAGAAAAGGGUUUCAACUCUGAAAUUUGAAGGAUACAGGAAUUGAGGGGAGAAUGAAGGAGACGAUUAAGCAGCAGAUGAUGAAGAGGUUGCACCGCCGUAAUUCUUCAUCCUCUUCAACCGCCUCCAUUGAUUAUACUUCCGGUGAAAGACUCGAAUUCAAAUUCUCCGGCCUUCAGGCUCUUCAGGUCCCCAAAGGAUGGGAUAAGCUUUCGCUGUCUCUCAUCUCUGUAGAAACAGGAAAAACGAUCGCGAAAACAGGUAGAGCAGCGGUACAGAAUGGAAUUUGUCGAUGGACUGAAAAUUUGUCAGAACGCAUUUGGGUUCCCCAUGAUGAUGCUUCAAAAGGGCUUGAGCAAUGCCUAUAUAAGCUUUUUAUUUCAAUGGGAUCAGGUAGAUCAAGCAUCCUUGGAGAAGUUACAGUAAAUUUGUCAGGUCAUUUCAGUUCUGAAAAUUCCACUUCUAUUGCGCAACCACUAAAAAACUGUAGCCAUGGGACAAUCUUACAGGUGGAAAUUCAGUGCCUAACACCUCGAGCAAAUCUGAGAUGGACAGACACUGAUUCUUUCACCGAAGAUGCCAAUGCUUCUGAUGACCUUGAUAACACUUCAGAUGCAUCUGAUGGUAGAAUCACCAAGAGUUUAGGAUCUUCCAUAAGCAGUAACUUUCAGUAUACAUCUCAAGCAGGUGGACUCGGUAGCAGGGAUAGAAGCUUAUCUGCAGGGGGAUCACGUAGUAGCUUUGAUUCAAUGGAUGAUUCUUUUGGCAGGGAGAGUUGUUCCCCUAAUAGGAAUCUAAGUGAAGUUGCAAAUGACCUAAUUGGAAGGCAGGAUUCUGUACGCUCUUCGAAUAGUGCACAGGAUAGCUCAUAUCAUGUCUAUGAUUCUCCUAGAUCAAGUCAUUCUCUUUACAGCUCAGGUUCAGGUAAGAAUGUUUUAAGUCAAAGACAAGAUUCUGGAAAAGUUUCAAAUUCUAUUCCUGCAUCACCAUUACGAACUUCUGGUUCCACUGAAUUUGCUCUGGAAGCCGAAGGAAGCACAAUGGAGGAACUUAGGACAGAAGCAAGAAUGUGGGAAAGAAACACACGGAAGUUGAUGGUUGAUCUAGAUUUCUUAAGGAAGGAGUCCAGAGACCAAACAAAGAAGUUGGAAAAUGCAACUAUGGAGGUUCUUGCAUCACGAACAGAAUGUGAUGGACUGAAACAUGAAAUAAAUUACUUGAAAGUUCUCCUGGAUGAAUCGGCAGUGAAAGAAAAGGAUGCUGACGAUCUAAAACUCCAGGUGCAAGAUAAAAAAGAUAUCCAGACCGAAUUGGAAGAGGAAAUAAAAUUUCAGAAAGAGUUGAAUGAUAAUUUGUCUCUGCAGCUAAAUAGAACUCAGGAAUCAAAUCUUGAGCUAGUUUCUAUCCUCCAGGAACUGGAAGAGACGAUAGAGAAACAGAGAUUGGAGAUAGAGAGCCUCACCAUGUUGAAACUAGAGCAGGACGGUGAAGAAGCAGAUACAAGGGUGCAAGUAUCCGAUAAGAAGAUCAGGGCUGUGCCCUGUGGUUCAGAUUAUAUAAACAAUUCUAUUGAGAACCCCAAAACUGGUUUCCUUGUUGAAGGGAAUGACCAAUGGGAUCCAGAACUCCAACUACAGAAAUUUCUGGAGUCACAAAAGACGUUGGAGAGUAUUAUUCUCCAUCUGGAAAAAACCCUGGAGGAGAAAACUCAAGAAAUAGAGCGUGAACAAGUUCUCAAGGCUCAAACUCUUUUGGAUAAUGAGUUGGAGUGGACGAAGAAACUAACCUUGAAAGACCAAGAAAUCUUUAAUCUGGAAGAAAAAUUAUCAGAAGCUCAUGCUGCACAAUUUCCAGUGGAGAGAGAGUCACAUUCAAGAGAAACCCCAGAUCUCAUCGAGAUUAAAGCUUUGAAGGAUAAGAUUCAGGAGCUUGAAAGAGAUUGUAAUGAGCUUACUGAUGAAAAUCUCGAGCUCCUAUAUAAGCUUAAAGAAUCAAGUAAGGAUCUUUCAACGGGUGCUAAUUCUAUUAGUUCUUCACUGGGAAGGCGUCCUGGUUCCGAGUCCCCCAUUAUUGAAGAUUCUAAGAUGAUCAAACUCGAGUGCCAGACACAGCAGCUCAAAGAGGAGGCAAAGAAGAGAGAGCUUGAUGGAAUAGAUGCUGGCUACCUGCAACUUCGUUGUAAUGAUCUAGAAAGCAAGUGUGUGGAACUAGAGGUAAACAUCCAAGGUUUCAAGGAUAGAGCUUAUUAUCUUGAUGGUGAACUCGAUAAAUAUCGUGAAAAGGCAGUAGAGCAGGAAAAGGAGGUUGAUGCAUUGAAACAAUCAUUGAAAUCGCAGCAAGAAGGAAAACAAGAAAAUUCAUUCCCUCAAGAAGGGCAGGCUGAGGUUGUCUUGAACAAUGUAGUCCAGUCCAACACAUCAUUGGGAAACCUUCAUGUGGCUAAAUAUAAUGUACAUGGUGAAGAGACCAAACCAAUGACAAAGGAUCCUUGGAAUGUUGAAAAUAAGAUGGAUGAUAGUUUGAAGAACAAUAAUGACAUGCUUGAGAAGUUCAACAUGGAACUAAAAUCCAGGGUGGAGGAUCUAGGAAAGGAACUAUUGGCAAAAACCUCUGAGAUAGAAGCGCUCAAAUCAGGUUUUUUGCUGAAGGGCAGGGAGAUUCCGUGUCGGAGUUACAAUCAGAGAGACUUGAAGACUCAAUUGUCUGAUAUGCAAAUAUUGAAAAGUCAGUUGAAGGGAAGUCUGAAAGCUAUGCAAAGCGACAGUACACUCAUCUACGAAUGUCUAGAUAAGGUGAAGAGUGACAUGGUGAUGCUUAAUGGUACAAAGGAUUCCCAAUUUGCAGCCAACAAGAUUCUUGAAAAGAAGUUACUUGAGCUUGAGAGUUGUAAUAAGGAGUUAGAGCUGCACUUGGCUGAAUUGGAAGUAGAAAAUAUACACUUAUCGGAGCGCAUAUCUGGAUUAGAACCUCAACUGAGAUAUUUGACUGAUGCAAGAGAGUCAAGUCGUUUGGAGAUACAGCAUUCAGAGACUAGCAUCAAGAAUUUGCAGGCUGAAAUUAGAAGGUUAGAAGAGGAAAUAGAAACGAGCAAGGUUGAUAUGAGACAGAAAUUGGAGUACAUGCAAAAACGGUGGUUAGAAGCUCAAGAGGAGUGUGAAUAUCUGAAAAAAGCAAAUCCCAAAUUACAGAAUACUGCAGAAAGUUUGAUCGAAGAGUGCAGUGCACUUGAAAAGUCAAAUCGAGAGCUAAAGCAACAAAGACUCGACUUGUAUAAUCGCAGCAAAGACAUGGAAGCAGAACUGAGGGAGUCACAACAUAAUUUCUCCAAGUUGUCAAGGAACUUGGAAGAUUUAGAAGAUAAGUUCUCCUUGAUGAUCAAUGGGGUUGCCACAAAAGAGAAAAUGUUUGUUUCAGAACUCGAAGAUUUAUAUCUGCAAAAUAAAGAGCAGACAGAGAAGUUUGUUAUGGGUGAGAACUUGUUCAAUCAAAUGUACUCGGAAAAGAUGGUUGAAAUCGAUAACCUUCAACAAGAGGUAGCACAUCUCAGUACACAGAUAUAUGCAACUCAAGAUGAAAGGGAUAGAAUGGCUUCAGAGGCAGUACUCGAAAUGCAUGUCUUACGUGCAGACAAGGAUAAACUGGAAAUAGCUAUUGAAGAUGUCAAAGAAAAAUUCAGAUCAUCUGAGAAGAAGCUUGAUACCAUCCAAGAUGAAUAUGAAGCAAGAAUUCAAGAUGUGAUGGUUGAGCUUGCUGCUUCCAAACAGAACCAUGGAAUUCUAGAGGCAAACCUUGACAAAUUAAUGGAGUUGCUGGAGAAUAGCAGAUCUAAUGAAGAAAAGCUAAGAAUCACAGUUGGUGAGCUCCAUGAUGACCUCAAACAUUGUGAAUACCAAGGAGUACAAUUAACAGAAGAAAUCUCAAGUCUUAAGGGUCAAUUGCAGAAAGUUCCACUAUUGCAGGACGAAGUGGUGGCUCUUAAGAAUUCACUCAAUGAUGUGAAAAUUGAAGGAAGAGAAAACUUCAUUGUUUCAGAAAACAUCUAG